GCGCACCUCCGCUCUGACCAAAACCCUGUGCAUGGUGAGGACUUGCGAGCUAAAAAAGACGGUCGGCGAGCUCCGCUGGUGCUACCCGGAAAUGUUACAAGGGCCGGAAAGGACCAAUGUUAAGUGAGCACACGUCACUCACUUUUACCCGAAAAUUAUUAUAACGGACCAUCCAAAAUAUUUGGGGCCGGCUAAAAUCUUUAAUAACUGUUCACCGCCGGUUGCGGCUUGCUGUAGUCAAAUGGCGAGGAGGCGGUUUCUGCAUCCGCUGGUGUUGGUUUCGAGGGAGCACCGUGUAAGCGUUCACCUAGCUCAGCAUCAGUGAAAAUGGCUGUGGCUAACGAGUGGAAAACAGCACGCAGAAAUGGAAGCGGAUGGUAGCUAGCUAAACGGGUAGAAGGCGUGACAGGCCUCAUCCAUCUGCCUGUGCUCUGCAGCUGGAUGCGUAGGAUCGCUAGUUUACAUUAAAAUGAGAGGCAGUCAAAUGAGCGAUAUAUUAUCUCCCACAUCUGCUGGGGGGAGCUCACUCCCCUCUAGUUGCAUUUCUUCGAUUAAGGGAAACGUUAUAGGGAACUGUUGACUGAAGAAGGAUGAGGACAUCUGCCUAGAUGAAGGAAAAUAGUGCCAACAGAAUAACUUUCAAAGGCAACAAAGAACAUUUGAACUGCUUCAUAAUUAAAAAAAAAAACUCUCCUUUGCAAUUUUGAAGUAAGUUGGAGUCCAACUAUAAAUCAAAAAACACCUGUUUUACCCUUUUAUUCAUCUUAAACACAUUUUCCUGCCUCCACCUGUCCCCUAUCCUUUUGGAUGGAGACGGGGGGAAGUGGACGAACAGGGGGAAGCAGUAGCAGUCGAAGUGCCCGAUCAGGAGGCAAUAGCAGCAGUGCUACUGGAAGGAAUUCAGACUCAAGCCGAGAUUUGAGUAGUUCCAGAGGAAGUAGUAGCAUAACGUCUCCCUUAGGGCGAAGCUCGUCUGUCAGCAGUGCUGGGAUCAUUGUUGCAGCUCCUAGUGCUGCAGGUGUGGCCCCGGCACCCCCAUGUGCCAGUGAGUGGGAGAUGUUCCAAUUUGGAAAAUACAAUUUGGACAUUAUAGAGAUGUUAAGUGGGCAUCAGGCCCACCAGUUCAAAGGCCUUGGUUUAGAUCGACAACUGCAGCAUCAACAGCAAGUCCAACUUCACCAGCACCAACUCCAGCAGCAGCAGCAACAACAGGCUGAGUCUUCUGGAGCUCUUCUAUCUGGACUCGGCUUGGGACCCCUCCAGGGGUCUAGAGGUAACGCCUUUUCUGAUUCUGCCUCCAUUUUUGCCAAGAUGAGUGCUCCUCCUCCCCCACCAUUACAACAGCAGCCUUCCUCAUCUCAGAGCUCACGCUCAAAGUCAAGCAAGAUGAGUAGCAGCAGCUCAAGUCAUUCUUCAGGCUACCCACAGUUCCUGCGCUCCUUCCACCCAUCUGAGGCAGCACUAGCUCAGGAGCAGUUACACCCAGGCGUAGGCCGUUUUGAGCACUUCGCUGGGGGAAGUAGCAGUAGUGGGAGUGCUGGGGGAUUAGGAGGAUUAGUAACAUCUGCACCUCCACCCCCUCCUCCUCUGCAUCCUGGUCUCUCUGUCCCUCAGGCAUCACCUGGCCCCUCCUCUUCCUCUCCCUCCCCCUCGAGCUCUGUGGCCACCUCCAGCAAUCCGUCUAGCAGCAGCGCAGUCAGCUCACUGGGGCACCAGCUGGUUGGCGCCCAGUCUGAUGCACGGAGCCUUCACCAACAAUUCAGUUGCAUGUUAGCUGCUAAUCAGUAUUUCCUCUCUGGGGUGCCUGCCAAUGCUAGCUUAGAGCAAUUUCUAGUUCAACAGGGAACCCACAAUCACUUGGGGAUUGGUUUAAGUCAGACAGGUGGGGAGUCUAGUGCUAGCCUUGCUCCGCCUCCAGCUUUGCAUUCUUCCCACUCACAUGGCCACUCCACUCCCCAGCCACAGCAGCCUUCGCAGCAGCCUCCACAGCAGCAGCAGCUCCCGUCUCACACCCUGUCUCAUCCUCACUCUCAUUCCCAUCCUCAUCACCCGCUCCACCCAGGCUCUCAGCCCUCAUCCCUGGGUGGGUUUGACUUCCAGGGCAUCCCUGUUCUCUCAUCAAAUCAGAUAGCUUCUCUAAUGCAACAGGAAGCAGGCUUGCCUCUCCCCUUGCCACUUCAUUUAUCCUUGUCAAAGGAUGAUGGUAAAGGGGAAAGCAGUGGAGGUGGAAGCAGUAGUAGUAGCAGCAGUAGGAGGAAGAAAGCUAUGGCCGGCUAUUUGCCACAGAGAAAAUCUGAUAGUAAUAGUAAUAGCAGUGGUAGUCAUGGCCACAGUGGAAAUCCUAAUACUAGCAGUAGUGGAGGAGGACUUAGCCAUGGUCAGCCCCCAGCUUUAAUUGGGAGUGGGGUUGGUAUGCCAAGUUUGGGAGGGGAUCCAUCAUCCCUCCUUGCCUCAUCAUCUUCGUCCUCAUCAGUAGUUUCUUCCUCUUCCUCCUCUGCUCCCUCUUCCACUGCUGCCUCAGUGCUAGUUACUAAUGAUUCUCACCUUUCUAAACCUGAUAACCAGAGCUCCAUUCAGCCCAAUCCCACGCAGCCUGAUGCAGACCCUAUGUAUAGCUGUGGAGAGUGUGGCAAAAGCUUCACUCACCUGUCAAGCCUUCGCAGGCAUUUGCGCAUGCAUGAGCCAACAGCAGCAGGUACUAGCAAUACUGCCACAACUGGCCCAAACCCAGUUCACAUUAAAACACAAUCUGACCCAAGCCUUCCCCACUCCACCCAAGAUACUUCUCAGCCCUCAUCCAAUUCUUGCCCUAGCCCAGACAAAAUUUUCCAUUGCCCUGAUUGUGGCAAAGCCUUUAAGAAAAAAGGGCACCUUCUGCAACAUGGUGUAAUACACUCUUCAGCCCGCCCAUAUGGCUGCUCCACCUGCUCUCGGGCUUUCAAUCGUAGAGAGUCUCUGACACGCCAUGAGAAGAUUCAUGAGGAAAAGCCAUUCCGAUGUCCAGCCUGUGGGCGUUCCUUCCGUGAGAGCACCUCUCUACUCAACCAUGCUGCCUCAGGCACCUGCGGCAAGCCAGGUAGGGGACCCAAACAGCGGGGCAGCAAGACAGGAACUGAUGGGGAGGAGAGAGUGGGGGGAGGUGGGGGAAGUGGAGGAGGUAAUGGUGGAGGGGGAACUUAUCAGAGCAGUAGAGGGGUAAUUUAUGGGAAAACUGAGGAGGAAGAUGGUGUGAUCAUUGUGGGGGAAGGAGAACAAAAAUCAAGUUUAGGGUGUGAUGGUCUGUUUCAGUCUGGAAGGGGAGGGAGUGCUAAUGACAGGGACAGAGCAGAUGGUAAAUACCCCACUGACUACUCUCGGAAUCGUUACACAGGCUACCAUGAUGAUCACCGUUCUCAAAGUAAUCCAUCUCCAUGCUACUCUGGUGCUUCCCCCUGUGGCAGUGGGAUGGCGGGCCCAGCUCUGAGAAAGGCACCUUUGGCCCCGACACUGCAUCCUCACCCACAAAGCCAAGCUCAACAUCACCAUCCACAGCAACAGCCCCACCUGCCCCUGUCCUCUCUGCUGGAUGACUCAGAGGAUGACGUCACCAGCUCUGUCAAUAAUGCUAUCUCUGCUAUAACAGCAGCUAGUAGCAGUGGAAACAGAGAUGAUAGGGGAGAUAUCAUAGGAGGGCUGUUGGGGGGUCUGGGUUUAGGUCCUCUGGGGUCACCUUCAUCAACAUCCGGUAUGGAUAAGAAUUACAGAGGUGGAGGUAACCCGGAGACCAUGAGCAGUAACCCACAAAACCCUACUGCCAAGCCGAAGCGUCCCCGCAAACCCAGAGCAAAGAAAGAUCCGACAGCUGGUGGACAACCCCCUAAACGCAGGCAAUAUACCCCUAGACCUGGGCCCAGUGGCCUCCCACGCCCUUACCUCUGCAGCGUCUGCGGUAAGGGCUUUGCACGACGUGAGACCCUACGCCGCCAUGACCGCAUCCACACCGGAGAGAAACCUCACCACUGCAAUGUUUGUGGAAAAUAUUUCCGGGAGGCCUUUCACCUCAGCAAACAUCAAACAGUCCACUCUGGGGCAAAGAAUUACAAAUGCGGCAUCUGUGGGAAAGAGUUUGGCUACUCACAGAGCCUCAGGAGGCACAGCAAACUCCAUCAGAAAGGGGAGCUGGAAGAGGUGCCCACAACACCAGCUGCAGAGAACCUUAACAGCUUUAACCCAAACCCAAACCCACAAUGUAGCGUGGCCCAAGACAGGAGCCAGAGCCAGAGCCAAGCACCAAACACCUCUUCCUCCUAUUACUCAUAUCCUCAAGACAUCAAGCCUCAAGAGCCAGCGCAGCCCCCGCCCCACACCACUCAGCCCCCGCCCCACACCACUCAGCCCCCGCCCCGACUUUACACCUGUGCUAUAUGUUGGAAGUCAUUCCGCCAUCACUUCCAUUUGACUGCCCACCACCAGACGGUUCAUGAAGGUGGGGGUGAAAAGCUCUUCUGCUGUGAGGUAUGUGGGAAAGCCUUUGCUUACUCAAAUAGCCUCACUCGACACAGGCAGUCACAGCAUGGGCUGAACCGCACUGAACCGCCUAACCCACAAGAGGGUAGCAGUGGGUCAGGAGACAACAGAGUCGGGGGCGAUGUUGGUCAGUCUACAGCAGAGAGUGAGGCUGCCACCAAUGCUCUGUUACAGAUGGCUCCUGCGACUGAGGGCCAUGCAGGGCAAAGUCAUAGUGUAGUCACUCAUAGUCACCAACAGGCUCCCCCACAACCACCCGCUGGAUACUCCCCCCUGUUUUAUGAUGCUGCAGCGGCCCAGUCCUCAGCCUCUAAUGCCCCGCCUUUCUCACAGCCUCUACCCCCAAACUCCACAAUUAUGCCCCCUCAGCACCAGCAUUCUCCAGCAGGGGUGAAAGGGGAGCACAUUUAUCCAGCAGGAUCCCGUAGUCACACGCUUCACACCACAGCCCCGUUCCAGCCCCUUACGGAGCUGCCUUCCACUGAACAUCAUCAUCUUCAUCAUCAUCUUUCACAUCUUCAUCAUCAUCAUCAGUCGUCUAUCCAGACCCACCAACACCGUGAACAGGACUUCCAGCCAACUGAUGAAAUGAGGCGGCACAAGAAGAAAAAAAAAAAGUCCGACAGGAGAGAACAGCAGGGGAACAAGUGGGAAUCCUCAGAAUUAGUCAGAUUUGAUGGCAGCAAAACAAAGAGAAAGAUAAGUUGUUUGAUAAGAAGGCAGGUGAAGAAGAAAAAACGAGGCUCUCUGCUUCUGAAGAUCAGGCGAGGGGGGGGGCCAGGAGGGGGUGGGUAUAAGCUCGUCAACACUGGUGGGAUGAGGAUGCAGAUCCUGUCGUCACUCAAAGUCCCUGUAAAACGCUUUGGCUGUCCUAUGUGCCCCAAUUCAGUGUUUGCCCGCCAAGCUGGGCUUCUAGUCCACAUGGCAGUUAAACACCCACAAAGAGUUUUGACCACUCAGGAGCGCUUGAGGUGCAGUGUAUGUGGGAAGCAGUCUCACCGGCUUUUGGCGGCCUUCAUCCAUCGGGCCUCACAUCGAGCCAGAGGGUCUUUUUCCUGCCGACGCUGCUCUGCUCGCUUCUGGAAUGCUACACUCCUCCACAGGCACAAGGUGUCCUGCCGUCGCAGGGCUAAAGGACUGCAGCGAGGAGCUGCUAUCAGCCUGAAACUCUCAAAGAGACCAGGAGAGAGAAAUAACCGAGAGUGUCAGGGGGAGAUGUCAUCUCUACAUGGCGCCUACAGAUACUGAGCACCCUGAUAUCUGAAAGAGUGGCAUACAAAAGGAAUAUUUUAGUUCUAAAAUGGGAAGAUGAGAAGAAAAGGGACUUUAAAAGGCACCCGAUGCCUUUAGGAGAAUUUUCCUGGUGUCUGUGUUGACAUCUACUCUGCUGACUAUUAGAAUGAGUGUGUUAACAACUACUGUAGAGCAUCCUAUAAAAGUAUCACCUGAAAUUCUUCCGAAUUGUAUUGGAAGAUGUUUCAAAGAUGUGACUGUUUCCAUAGGAUCAUUAACCCCUCAAGUGCAUUGACACUACGCUUGGCUGACACUGUGCAGUUACUAGACAAGUUUAGGUGAUAUGACCUGCUAAUGUAUCUCUCUUCCCAAUAUCCUCACUAGCAUCCCUGCUACACCUCUUGCUGUAUGAUUAACGUCUCUGCUGUGUACUUUGUCUUGUUGUUGUUCACUUAGAGGCUCUCUGAGGAUUUUUUAAAAAUGUAAAGUGCAUUUAUUAGGAGUAGGGACAUGGGGACAAAGACAUUUGUCGAUAGUUUGUCAGUGCAUGUUUGUUCUCUGGUCAGUUUUUGCGGAGGUUGUGAAUUCACUCCUACAGUAUGUGAUGGUAUAUUCAAUAUAUCCCCAAAGGUUUUUAGUGUAAACUUGAUUUGAAAGUUGCUCAAUAUUCUCUAGUGAUUUGAUCACAUAUAGGAAAAAAGACAAAGUUGCUAGUAAUAAGCUGUACAAUGAUCCCUCUCCUGCCAAAAUGAAGUAACUUACAAAAAGCCUUGCUCAUCAUGUUCACUUUCCUUCAUUUAUUUGAGAUAUUAUUCAUAGCUUUUAUACCAAGAGAUUGAAUACAGGUUAAACAAGUGGACUGUAAUACGUGUUUAUCUCAUGUUAUUUGUAUGCUCUUUUUAGCAGUGAUUAUUUCUACUUCACAGUGCGUUAAAGACAAGGACCUAUCAUCAUAGAAGCAAUUGUAUUAUUCCAUGUAUUUAUGUGUGUAACCCAAUCAGUCUACAUGCCAAUCUUAUACUUAACGCCUUUUACCUUUUACUCUUUUUUGCUGAAUUGCAAUCAUGUUCUUACCCUGUCAAGCCUUGUUUUUUUUUCUUCUGAAGAAAAAGAAAAAUAAGUUUUCAGUACAUUCUGUCACUUUAUCACUUAAGAAAUGUUCAUACCCCUGUCAAGCCUUGUUUUUUUUCUUUUAAAGAAAAAAAGAAUGAUAGUUAUAAGUAGAUUUCUAUUACUUUAUUUACUGAAAAGUCAGUAGUUGAUUAUAUUUCGGCAUUGAAUAAACUAUAAGUGUUAUCAUUUGUUUUCCUUUCAUUUCUCAUUCAAAGUUAUAUACUGCAAUAUCCAGAAGACAGUAAAAACUGAUAGUUACUGAAUAUAAGUAAGUUGUAAUUGUUACCAAAGUCAGUAUUGAAGUUUCACAGUUAUGUUUAGCCUUAUGUCCUGUGUGAAGUUCACAUUACUGUGUGGAUUAAAUGGAUUUUGGGAUGUAGUGGAUAUACCAAUAAAUUUCAUUAAAGUACAAAUGCACUUAGGCCUACCCAUGUUGUUGGGAAUAUUA